AUGCCAGGAAUAUCUCGCAAAACUACUGGUGCCUUUGAGGAAGAGAUAAGAAGAGCAAGCAAACCCAACAAGAUACCGCCACCCAGAAGUUCAGGCAAUAGGCUUUCUUAUCCGCAGGUGAAUUUAGAUUGUCCAGAGGGUAUGCCAUGCUCCGAGUUGAUGGCUGACUGUUUUGAGUGUCAAUUUAACACUUCGUGUGUGUAUGGUGCAAUGGUUUCAGUCAUAUGCACCCCUAAACCUGCAGUCUCAUGCACUGGAAAUCAAACAUUGGAACGGGAGUUUGUGUGCCAGUACUGUUAUCAGACCCCUGGCUAUUUGCAUGACUGCUCUGGGAUGGUCAGCUGCAAUGCAGCAACAUCACCUCGACAGAUGUACAGGGCUAAUUGCACAGUGAAGCGAGAUGUCCUCUGCCUUGGAAGGAGGACCUUCCCCAAGAAUGUUCCUUGCAACUGGACCAGUGGGUAUCGCUGGCCUGUUGCAUUGGCUCUCAGCGUCACUCUUGGAGGUUUUGGAGCUGACAGGUUCUACUUAGGGCAUUGGCAGGAGGGGAUAGGGAAGCUCUUCAGCUUUGGAGGAUUGGGAAUUUGGACAAUUGUUGAUGUCAUAUUGAUUGGCAUCCGCUACCUUGGACCUGCUGAUGGAUCAUUACACUUUGGGCUUCACCACACCUUCCCUAGCAAGUUGCAGAAAUCAAACUUGCUAAUUUUUAUUCUCUCAUUUAUAUUGGAAUUUGUGGUCAUCCAGUUGAAUGAUCUGGACUUGAAAGUUGCUCAAUCACAGGAGACUAAUGCCUAUGUGGGGCUCAAUCUUACUUCAGUUAUCCAUGCUGACUUUGUGCUGAGUACAACAUUCUAUUCAGAGAUGACUUUGAACAUAACCCUGGGAUAUCGACUCGAGUUGGGAGGGAAUUUAGAAAGGAAAAGGCUUGAAGGUAUCAGCAGCAAUGAAACGAUUGAGAAAUUAAGGAAACAUGCAUGUGCAGAACUUAACAUUCAGGACUCUGAUUCUGUUGAUUUCAUCUACUGUGGGAGGGUCAUGAAGAAUGAGGACAUUCUGAGUCACUAUGGAGUCAUCAAUGUCAUUGGUGAUGAGUGGGUGAUGUUCAUUGAUGAAGGUUCCAUGAUCCAUGUUCUGCCAAGGAGACACAGGGACACAGAACAAGAAGAGAAGGUGGAAACACGGCCCUUUGAUGAUGCUGAAGUCCAACGCAUCAUUUUUGCUCUUCGAACAGCUACACUUAAACAGGGCUUCAUGAAAACUCUCCAGAAACUGACGCAACCAGAUUCACUUGUAAGCAUCCUGGCAGCUACACCUGGUCUAGCCCAUGAUCCAAUUGCGAAAGCAGCUCUGCGAGAUCCUGACCUUCUCAUCCAUUUGGCAGAUCCCAAAUGUAAACUGACGCAACCAGAUUCACUUGUAAGCAUCCUGGCAGCUACACCUGGUCUAGCCCAUGAUCCAAUUGCGAAAGCAGCUCUGCGAGAUCCUGACCUUCUCAUCCAUUUGGCAGAUCCCAAAUGUGUUCAGAAUCUGCGAUAUAUUUCCCUGAAGUGCAUUCUCUCUAAUGAAAUGCAUCACUCUGGAGAUUAUUCAGCAAUGGAGCAUUGGUCCAUGAAGGAGCGUGUGAAGGCAGUAGAAAUCUUUAUCCAAACUAAGUUGAUUGUGACAACCCAGCAGGCAUUCAAACGUGAACUCAAUCUGCAUGAUGCCCCCUCUCACAAGACCAUCACGGCCUGGGUGUCUAAAUGGCGUGAGACUGGCUCAGUCCGUGACGUGCCACCACCUGGGCACCCAAGGUCAGUCCGUACAACAGUGGCAGCGGUGAAGGUGCUGGUAACAGUCCAGCGCAGUCCCCAGAGAUCGACGCAUUGGUUGGCCCAGGCAGUCGGAGUGGAGCGGACAUCAGUCAUACGGAUCCUCCAUGAGCAACUGCAUCUACACCCCUACGAACUGCAAGUUGUGCAGGCACUCUGGAAUGAUGAUAAGCAUACACGAUUCUACUUUGAGAAAGGCAAGAAGACACUGAUUGUUCUGGUGUGGGAGAAGCACCCCAGUUUGUUGGAGGCAGCCAACAUCAUAGCAGCAUCUAUGCAUGAGGAUUCUUCAGUGCCAUUCCACCCUGCCUUCAUGCAGGAAUACCUGGAGGAUGACCCUGAUCCUGAUACGAGUCAAAGUGAGUCUCCCUCCCGAGAUCGGGGAUUUCAACCAAUCACUGCCUCUCAACUGGCCUCUGCUCUUGAGGCUGUUGGCAACUUCCUCCCUUCGCCAAAAGGAAUGGAUGAUGGGAUGGAUGCAUGGUUCAUGUUUUCAACUAGACGGAGUACUGGGAGUUCCCCAUCUCCAAGAGGAGGGCCAUCUACAUCCUCAUCCUCUUCGAAUCUCUUCACACCUGAGAUGCUGAACCAGGCAAUGCAAGAGGCUCUCUCUGCUUCUGCUUCUUCCCAGGGAGGGAGUGGAGUGGGGAGCUCAGAGAUGGAAACAGGGCAGAGUGAACGAGUGGCCCAGAUGCGGGAACUGGGGAUCCACGAUGAGGAGCUCUGCUUGCGUGCCCUCCAGGCCACUGAUGGUGAUGUCCAAGCUGCUGUUGAACUUAUCUUCAAUCAGUGGGCUGAAAACUGACCACCUCCAGUCAUAUACAUUGAUCCUUCCACUGCUUGAGUUUUUGGUGAAUUAUGGAGAUGUGAUUUUUUUAAAUAAACUUCUUACCAG